AUGUCAAAGGUGUCUUUUGAGGGUAUAAUCACUGAAGAUGACAAAAGGCCACAUUGGGAAAAUAAAACCCAAUACCUUUUAAGCUGCAUUGGAUUUGCUGUAGGCUUUGGAAAUUUAUGGCGUUUUCCCUAUUUGUGCCAUAUUUAUGGCGGAGGUGCAUUCUUGAUUCCCUAUGCCAUUGCUCUGGUGUUUGAAGGAAUCCCAAUAUUUCAUCUUGAACUAGCUAUUGGACAGUUCUUGAGGAAAGGCAGCAUUGGAGUCUGGAGUCAUAUUUCACCCUAUCUAGGAGGAAUUGGCUACGCUUGCAUGAUGAUAUCAUUCAUAGUAGGCAAGUAUUAUAAUAUGAUUAUUGCCUGGGUGUUGUGGUACCUGGGAAACUCUUUCAAAGAACCCUUGCCUUGGAGCAUCUGCCUGAAUGAGGCCAGCAAAUGGGUGGACCUCAUCAAAGAAUGUGAUCAUAGCUCUGAAUCCAAUUACUUUUGGUACAGAUACACACUGAACAUCAGCAUGGACAUCACACAGACUGGCCCUGUUCUUUGGUGGUUGGUUGUAUCUUUGGCCAGUUCCUGGAUCAUUGUGUACCUCUGUACAGUUCAAGGAAUUGAAUCAACUGGAAAGGCAAUUUAUAUUUCAAUCUCUUUUCUAUAUGUAACUUUAACUGCAUUCCCUAUUUAUGCACUGACUCUCCCAGGAGCUAUUCAAGGGCUAUUUUAUCUCUUCAUUCCUGAUUUCACAGUCCUAAAAAAUCCACGUACAUGGCUUGAUGCAGCCACCCAGAGUUUCUCCUCCCUUUCUUUAGUGUUUGGAGGACAUAUAGCAUAUUCAAGCUACAAUCCACAAAAAAAUGACUGUGAAAAAGAUUCUGUCAUAAUAGCCACAGUGGACUGUUUAACAUCUAUAUAUAUAAUAUAUACCUCAAUUACCAUUUUUUCAAUUCUUGGGUUCAAAGCAACAAUAAACUAUGGGGACUGUUUGGAUAGGUCUUCAUUAGGUAUAAUAUGCUUUGCCUCCUUUUUGUUGGGUCUCCUUUUUACCACACGAUCAGGAAGCUACUGGAUUGAAGUGUUUGAUAACUACGGAGGAAGCAUACCAUUGCUGAUCAUUUCUUUAUUUGAACUGUACGGUGUUGUAUAUGUUUAUGGACUGAAAAGGUUCUGUGAUAACAUGGAAUGGAUGACUGGAAGGCCAGUACAUUUCUACUGGAAAGCAUCCUGGCAGUUUAUCAGUCCUCUGCUAAUGCUUUCAAUCCUUUUGAGCUAUCUAGCUGUUCAGCGGCCAUCAACCUACACUGCAUGGAAUCCAAGCUAUGAAGGGUUUCCUUUGAAAGAGUCCAAAUUUUAUCCACGCUCGGUUUUAUUCAUUGGUGCCUCGCUUGUGGUCCUACCAUGCAUAUUUAUUCCAACUGGUGCUAUUUACCAUUUUAAAGAAGUAUUGCUGAAAAGGAAGAAGAAACAAGUCCUUCAUCAAUGUGAAAGCACCGAAGGCAACUGAUGCUCUGGGAUUCUA